AUGAUCUCGAUACUGGAGAAGUUGAAGGCAGCUCAGCACGGCCGUGGCGAAAACCCUUUUAUCUUCACCUUGGCAAAUGCUGAAUCCAUAUUCCACAUGUUGGACCCAAACAUGCGGGGGUACGUCACUUUUGAGCAAUAUAAACAUGGUUUGGAGACCCUGGGUAUCACCGAGUUCGACAUAAUGCCUCGCGGAAUUGGCAAGAAUACUAUCACAAAGGAAGUGUUUCUGGCUGCGGCGCAGAAGGGCCUUGACCAUCUCUCCAGCACCUACCAGCACAUUCCUGGCUUUCCAAGCUCACACGUAGAGAAGGACCAGCGGGAAGAAACCAAACUAGAUCAAAAUACAUGCUAG